AUGGCAGCAAACGAUGAUAAUCCAUCCUAUCCGACCGAAAGCAUCGUCUCGAAAAAGGGGCGCAAGCAUUACCGCGUUCCCGUACGAUCACAACACUGGCAGCUGCGGUCCCUCAUCAGCGCUGAGAAGCGACACAUUGUCUACUUCCCCGGCGGCAGCGGUAGCAACCAUGUCCAACGCCUCAACAUACUCACCCGGGAGUGCGAGACCCUCAAGCUCCUGACCUUUGCGCCGCGCUGCUUGGUCGCCGAGAACGGUUGGCUUUGCUGUGGCAGCGAGACGGGCGAGUUUGUUGCCAUCCAUCUCGAAGAAAGCAAUGACGAUAACCAAUCUGGGCUGGGCUUUGAGCUCGACGCCGAGACCCGACAGCAGCUGGGCCUCGAUGGACUGCGUGAUGACCCUUUGCUCUCCCUCCUCGCUCAAGCCCGCAGGUCGAACAAGAGCUUGAUCGCCAAGAGCAUGAAGUUGGCCAAGGACCGCGUCAAUUGCGUCACCCUCUGGUUCCCCCCAGCCAUCCUGACGCCUUCCCCAGAGGCCUACACCGAAGGCGUCGCCGUCCUGGCCAACAACGAUCGCACCGUCGUCCUCGUCAGCCUCAGGGACUUUGAGCGCAGCGACAAGACGGAACCGCUCGACGUGGUCACGUAUCCCGAUUUUGUCAACAGAGCCAUCAUUUCCCCAGACGGGCAGCUUCUCAUCGCCAUAUUAGAUGACCCGUAUCUAUAUGUCCACGUCCGUGGCGCACGCUCCGACGAGUCUCCCUCCUCGUCGUCGGCGGCGGACAACGCUGGUCACGGCAGAUAUCGGUGGGAGUUGAAGCAGAGGUUUCUGCUCAAGAGCCAGCGAAAGGACGACCGGUCAGACAGCCGCGGGAGCUUCGCCGCGUGCUUCUCUUCGUCGGGCGCCUACCUGGCAGUGGGAACACAACACGGCACCAUUUCCAUAUUCGACACGACCCUCCUUACCGUCUACGGCGCGGACCCUCUCAUCACCACAUUCAAGUCUUCACGGCCAGAAAGCGGCCCCGGUGCCGUUCGGGACAUGGCCUUUUGCCCUGGUCCAUUCGACAUCCUCGCGUGGACAGAGGAUCGCGGCCACGUGGGCUUUGCUGACAUGCGAAGCAACUUCAUCACGCGCCAGAUUGUCGACAUCAACGUUGAAGCUGACUUUGAACACGUCGAUAUACUUGACCGUAACACCAUCGACCCACGCCUGCUGCACAGCCAGGCCGAGCGACGGGGUAACCGAUCGCCCUCGACGGCCACCGCUCGGAGGCGGCACGGAGAGGGACUGGAUACUUUGAACCAGCCGCUAACCGCCAACGAGACGCUGGUGCUCGAAGCGAUCCAGGGCGACCGGCGCCGCCGAGACAGAAUAAGCCAGCGAAACAACGAGGCCGGGACGCGGCCAGGGGACCUGACCUGGACGUACUUAUCCAACUUGCGGCCGUCUGCCAACGAUGGCGACUCCUCGCGGCCGAGGGAGCGCAGCAGCAGCGUCGGCCGGGCCAUGACCGACAUGCUAGGGUCGUACCGGGACCAGCGGGCGGAACGCCUGCGCAGCACCCGGCAAUAUGUCCGGGAGGCGUCGGCGGAGCAGCGACAGGCGCUGCGCCGCCCCGAGCAGAGCCUUGUCGACAGGAUCGGGGAGGCGGUGGCGGCUGUGCGCGACCAGCGCGACCGGCCAGACCCGUCGUACUUGAACGUCCUCGAGAUCCUGCAGGCUAGGGAGCGCCCCGGAGACGAACACGACGACUCGGCGCUGCUGGCGCCGCUAGUCAACCAGGCGAUGAAUCGAUGGGAGGAAAGCGCUAUACGGGGUACGCUGGCGGCCGACCACGGUGUGUUCGAGGUGCCUCCCUCGCCCGACAACACAGCCGGCCUGGCCUGGACCUCGGACGGGCGAACACUGUUCAUCGGUGCCCAGAACGGCAUCUACCAAGUACAAAUCAACGUCCACAGCCGCAAGUUCUGCCCGAGCAUCACAAUGAGCUGA